GUCAUAAGAAUUUGGUAAACAAAUUGAAUAACUGUUCCAUGCACAUAGCCUAACUUCCCUGAGGGUGCACAGUGUACAAGUCAGUCCUUGGUGCAGUUGCUACUUGGUCUUACACACCUGCACACACAUAUGAAUUAGAUGAUAGAAGAGCUUGGUUUUUAUCCACUCUCUGAAAAUUCCGCAAUAAAUUCAACAAAAAUUAUCAUUACUUUAUUUGCAUUUUCAGGAAUUGCUACUGUGGUGUUGUCAGUUUCCCACAGAAAAAUCUUUAAUAGGGAUUCAAGACAUGUUUCGAGAUAGAAGAAGAAAAUGUAUAUAUGAAAUAGUUUUAAAUUACUCAACGCACAUCCAAUAGGCUUACGACGCGAAUCCGCGCUUCGCUUGUGCAGCGCCUAAAAUCGUUUAGCCUCUACCGUGCGCGCGGCAGGUCGCAGUGAACGUGUUAA